AUGGGAAAAAAGAAGGCAUUCAUUGAUAAAAGUGCAAGUCAACGAUUCAGACUUGUUCCAGAUGGCAGAGAUCGAACUGAAAGGUUUGGAACUUAUUUGAUUUUUACUAAUAAAAUUACUCAGGAAUUUUUUUGUACCCGAUCAGCACGUUUUGUGCAUUUGUACGCGUUCAGUUCCUAUCGAGUACGCGUUCAAACUUAUGCGAGUUCACGUUCAGUCUUUUUAGCUGCUUGGCUUGAAAAUUUCAUGUUUGGAUAGAUGUUCUGAACCCGUACACACAUGAAAUAAUUUCGUACCGGUACAGUCCGUUAUUGCACGCGACACACUUUUGUGCUGUGCUGGUUCAGUACUUUUUGAAGAGCACGGUGGUCUCGACACGAAUUAAAGGUUCAGCCAAACUCCAGGAGAAUUUCUCAUUUUUUGUUUUCGAAAAUUUUGGGCCUUUUUUUGUUUUUCAUCGUUUUUUUGGGGAAUUGAACGUCGUUUCAAAUUGAUUUUUAAAAAUUAAUUCAAGAAAAAUAAUUAUUGUCGUUUCAUGUUAAAUUUGUCUUAUUUUAAUAUAAAUCCGUCUUUUUAUUCACAAUUUUUGUUUUUCGAAAUACUCUUCUUGCGUUUUUUGGGUUAUUUCAACGUUUAAUUGUAAUUUAACAAACUUUCAGAGCAAUCAUGAUUAUUGCCUCAACUACAACUAUCAAAAAACAGACAAUUUCGAAGCGCGGCUGGAAAUGAGGAUAAUUAGAAAAGGUAAGCACUUUAAAAAAUUAUCAUUUGAAAUAUUUUUUGUGCUUUUCUGUACAAAAGUUGGGAAAAUUUUUCUUCCUAGUAAAUAAAUAAUCCAACAUUCGAACAUGUUCAUUUUUCAAAAAAAGCUAAUUUCAAGAACUUUUCCAAGUGUGAGUAAGUUUCGGAUUGUGAGAAUUAGAUUUUAGAGAAACAGUAAACAGUAGGGAUGAUUCUUUGACAAACCCCAGGAAAUCCUAGGAAUCGUUUUUUAUCCGAAUUUUGUAAAUUUCACAUUUCAUAUUUCAACUGCAGAUCAAAACAGAAGUUUUUUACUAACAUUUGAGCCAACCAAAAAAUCAUCUGUACUUCCGAGACACUUUACAAAAAUCCUUAUAAUUUAUGGAGUAUGAUAGUUAUGGUUGAUAAAUCUCAUUUUAAAUCUGAAUUUUUGAACAAAAUUUUCUUUCAGUCAGUCAACUACAACAAUAUCUUCAUGGAUCAGCAAAACAACAUCAAUCCCCAGUCAACAAAUGCCGAUCUAUCAAGACUUCUCAAUCCGACUUGGCAAAAAUCUACACAGCCGCUCCAUCAUGUCAACCCAACAACAAUCUGCAGAUUGUAAAAUAAUUGACAUUAGUUAAUCAAUAAAUUUUUUGUUUCAUAAAAGUGUACGUGUUCAGUACAAAUUUUGCUCGCACAACGCCUUUUUCAAUAGAAAAAAGUGUACGGGUUCAGAACAUUCAAGCGAGCGACGCAAGCAAGCGCGUACCGGUUCAGUUCCCCAAAAAGCGCUCUUUACUAGUUCAGUUCUUUUUUUGUUCCGGUUCAUCUCCAGUUGAGUGCUGGAAUUGACUGUGCUCGCGAUCUCGCACUAAAAAGGGAUUGAACUGGUACGAAACGUGUGCUGAACGCGUACAAAAAAAUUUCUGAGUAUACUCGUUUUUCAGAUUCCAACCUUCGGAGGAACAUUUAGCUGAACAACAAAAAUUUGGAGUAUUUUAUGAUGAUGAUUAUGAUUAUCUUCAACAUAUGAGAGCUGUCAAUGAACCCAUGAAAUUACAAAAUGUAAAUGAAGUAAUUGAAAAAACAACAAUCAAAUCUCCAUUUCCACCAAUGCCAAUGACAUUUGGUCAACCAAAGAAAGCUGAAGUUUUCGAUUCAGAUGUUGCUGAUGCUUUGGAAGGUGUUGGAAAUUCUGAAAGUGCUGAUUUGGAAGAUGAUUUCAUUGCUUUGGCUGGAGGAGUUAUUGAUGAAAGAAUCACAAAUUAUCGAGAAGGAAGAGGAAGAAUGAAUGAGGAUGAAGACGAAGAUGAAGAUGAAGACGAUUUAUAUGAUGAUUAUGAUGACGACGAAUUAUUUGGAGAAGAGGAACAUAUUCAAACUAUUGUAAGACAAGUUUUAUUUUUUUGCAAAUUUUUAUUUUUAAAUUGUUUUAGCAUCCGGAUCGUGGUGAUCAAAGAGUUAUCGAUGAUGCUUUCGAACAUUUGAUGGAUCGAGAAUAUAACACAGAACAAAUUGGUGAAUUAGAUGGCGAUGAUUAUGAUGUUGGAGGUUGUCUUGAACCAAAUAGUGGAAGAUUGCACAGAUUAGCACAAGAAAAAGUUGAAGUCAAUAAUACCGAAUAUGAUGAAGAUGUUGGUUUAUUUAUCCUUUUUAGAAUGAAAAAAUAUUUAUGUUCUUAUUUUUCAGUUGGCCAAACAAUACGUAAAAGAGCGAAUGAGAUUGAUUGAAGAAGGUGUAAUCAAAGAGAAAGAUGAGAUGGAAAUGGUUGAAGUUGAUGAAAGUACAAGAAAAAGAAUGAAAUGGGAUUGUGAAUCAUUUGCCACACAAUAUACUAAUAUUUAUAAUCAUCCAACUCUUAUCAAAGAACCACGUGGGAUUUCACGAAAAGCAUUGAAACGUUUCGACAAAGCUGUUGAAGAGAUGGAUAUUGCUGAAGAAGACGAGGAAGAUGAGAGUGGUUCAGAAAUGGAAGAAGAUGGAAUGAGUUGUUGUACAAGUGUAUCUACAUUCCGACCAAAAGGAGAAACUACUGAACAAAGGCGAUUACGAAAAGCUGCUGUAAAAGAUGCGCGAAGAGCAAGAAGACAAGAGAAGAAAGCGAAUAAAGUGGCAUUUGCUGAUGAAAGUAGAAAAGUGAGUUUUGUUUGUUGAUCAAAAAAUUUUAUUAGCAAAUAUGUAUAUUAUUUCUGUGAAGUUGUAGUCAGGGACUGUCAGAAUUUAAUUUUCGGAGUAAUAGAAUUGUCACUUUAUUCUGCAUUAGUGUUCUGAUUCAUUAACGGUUCUUUUGCCGAACGAAUUUCCCGAAAAAUCUCCUGAAUACGCUCUUUUUUAUUGAACAAAUUUUAAUUCGGAGCUCUUCGAAAUUCCGAUGUUUUUUUGAAAAUAAAAUAAAUUCCGAAAAAAAACUGGAAAUUCCAUUUCUCUCAGAUUUUUCUGUAAUUUCAUUAGAAAAAAAUUUGGAAAUUUUUCAGUUAUGUACGCGUUUUUCAGAUGAAUUGUGAAAAAAAAUCUGAAUUGAAUAAAAUGCAUGAAUGCUCUAUCUCAUUUUCAUCCAAACGUAAACAUGCCAAUUCAUUCUUAGACAUCAUGAAUCAUCUUGUUUGAGCACAUAAAAUGAUUGAGAAUUUUAGGAAAAAGUACAAGAAAAAGAUAAGUAGAUCACUUGGGAAUAGCAUUAGGUAUUCACUUAUUUAUAAAAUAAGUCGAGGCUUCUUAAAUAUUUUAGGCUAGGUUGUCACUCGAUUUUGAUUGUGAAAAUUAAUUUGUAAAUCGAGAAGUGUCAGUUUUCAAAUGCAAUAUAUAUAUGUUUUUUUCAGCUUGCCAAAGGUCGUCUUGGACAAAUGAAAGCUCGUCCAAUUCAAUAA